AACCUCCAUCAGCUGAGACCAUUACGAUCGCUAAUUCAGUCCAACACAGUCUGGGGUUCCCCGAGGGAGGGUUCGGUUGGCUUAUUGUCUUUGCUGCCACCUCGUGCAAUGGCUCCAUCUUUGGAAUUCACAAUACAUUAUGACGUUCGUCUUAUGACGUAAAUAAAUUGGUUGACUGAUUCUUUCAAAACUGUAACUGUAUGGAGUGACGACAAUGGGUCGAGAGAAUGUAAACAAAUCGACCAUUGUAAAUCUCCUUGAGUAGUCUUUGCUUUAGGGUAAAGGCUCUGCGUGAAGCAAUGGUAAAUUGUACUGAUUAAACAAUUAGGCCUACAUUAAUAAAUCGGAUUCCAUUAGUAUGGUAUAGGCCUAUAUAAACCAUAAUGUGAACGUUUUUCCAUAAUGUAAGCCAACUUGGAAAUUGUACGAGAAUAAUUUAUCAAGGUAUUCAAACCCAACAAUAACUUUACUUUCUCUUCUUACGAUUGAAUAAGUUACGAUGAUCCAUGUUGAAGCGUAGGCAGCGGACAUGACCCAGACCACAAGAAAGUGCAAAGAAUAAAGUAUGCACAGCUGUGUCUCAUCUUUAAUCGCCGUUGACACAUGGAUGUGACAGAGGUUCCGCCAGAGAGGGAGCACCGGACAUCUCGACCUACUUGCUUGGUUUCUUGUCCCCUCACAAAACCGUUGCAGGAGACACGGUGUCCACAAGUCAAUAAAGGUGAAGUUUAAACACCACCACACACACACGUACACACACACACAUUACUAUGCAGUGUCUAUUUUUGUUAACUCUUUAGGGAUGAGUGCCAGGGGCGACAGUUAUGGGACCUUGUCCCAGUGGUUGAAUUCAGACGUCUUCAUCGUCUUUGUGGUGGUUCUGCUACUUCUUCUCCUGGUGCUGGCUGCUAUGUGUUGGAUUUUCAAACGCUUCAGGAAUCAAAGGGCAAUGGAAAGAUUGCAAAUCACGGAGAUAGAGAUUGUAUCAGGCGACGGAUCAGGAAAUUGCCCCCAUCCUAGAUUCACCCUGAAGAUCAAGACUGAUAAGAACCAUGCCAACCAAAUGGUGCAGAUGCUGCUGGGUCGUGGCCAACCCAUGGAGGGCUCGCCAUGUCCUUCCCCGCCGUCAACCUCAGCCCCAUCCCCCGCUGAGGGUGCUGAGAACGCUGCUAGUAACAUCCAGGGCCCUCAGGUCGGGCCUCUACCCACAGCAACACCUCCUCCCUCAACCCCCCCCAGACCACAGCCACCUGAGCGGCUGGUCACCAACCAGACUGGGGAAGAUGAAGAGGACAGUGAUACAGGGGAAGAGGAUCAGUACUACUACUCAGACCAGGACGGGAUGCCGACAAUGAUUACAUCUGAACAACGGAAGGUCACUUAUCUAAUGUCAAGAGUGCCCAAGCAGAUGUCUGCAUGGUUGAUGUUUUCCUGAGUGGUCGACUUGUCUGCAGAGAGUAUGAGUCACAGAUUCCACUGCUGCCCCCUGUGACUGCCCUCGUGCCUGAAGGGGUCUUCAGUGGUUCUGUUUACAAAACAAACCAUAACAUCGAGAGACUCUACACUACACUGAGCAGACAGCGCCAGCAGCCGCAGAUUGUAUCGUCUUACGACACACAUAUGGGCUGCAUCACACCGACAGGGUCAACGGAGCGCAGCCUUAUUAGAUUACCUGUGCAAAACACAAUGUUCCACUGCAGUCUUGGGAGGAACAGAGUCUCACCUGAAGGGCGUGAGAGAGAAACACAGGGACAGGCGAGGUCAGAUGAGAUCAGGUGAGGACAGGACAGGACGAGAGGUGAAAACAAGAACAGUAUUUCCGAGUCAUUUCAGGAAAUGACUUCGCUCCUGCAGCUUCUUCUUCCGUGCCUGCCGAGGAGCCAAUCAGACAUCCCCAAAACACUCCAAAAGAAAAGGAAGGGUGAGUCUCUUGUGACUGAGGACUGUUUUUUGAGAACCUAAUAAAAGCUCACAGAAGCCCAAACUAGGUGUUUUUCUGUGAAAUGGAAUCAGUCUUCUGAUUGAUAGGCUAU